GUCAGUUUGACUCGCGGCUCGCGACCGCGUUGAACGAGCGUUAUUUUCUUUCGCUUCCAUUUUCGGCUGAAACGACACUUUUUUCAACACAAACCAUCGACCAUUAUCUGAGACUGUACCAGACACACAGGAGGAGAGUUUUGGGGGAUACAUCGGGGUUGUACUUGCACUCGUUGAACUCGUUAAAUAGCAGCUCGAGGCCCGGUGGAGAGCUCGAGCGGCGGCUCCGAAAAAGUUUGUUGUUGUCACGUGACGUCAGACGAAUGUGGCGUUGAAAAAAAAGUUUGUUUGGGAUAGUAAAACUGCGCGAGUCACGACAUUAUCACCGCCUACUGCUCAGCGUCUUCAUCGCAAUGCCUCAACCGAAAUGCCGAAAGAUUGCCGUUAUAGGUUACCGGUCUGUAGGAAAGUCAUCUCUUACAAUACAGUUUGUGGAAGGGCAGUUUGUUGAUUCAUAUGAUCCAACCAUUGAAAAUACCUUUAACAAAAUGGUCAAUGUGAAUGGCCAGGACUUCAAUCUGCAGCUAGUUGAUACAGCUGGACAGGAUGAGUACUCAAUUUUUCCACAAUCCCAUUCAGUGGACAUCCAUGGCUACGUUCUCGUCUAUUCAGUGACGUCCAUGAAAAGUUUUGAAGUAGUGAAGGCUCUACACGACAAGCUGCUGGACAUGGUUGGGCAGAUGCAGGCUCCGACUGUCCUCGUUGGGAACAAGAAAGAUCUCCACAUGGAAAGGGUUAUCAAGCCCGAGGAGGGAAAAAAACUUGCCGAUUCCUGGGGUGCAGCCUUCAUGGAGUCCUCAGCCAAGGAGAACGAGACUGCUGUGGAAGUUUUCAAGCGGAUCAUUUUGGAGAUGGAGAAAGCGGAUGGGAACGCACCCCCGGAGGAGAAGAAGUGUGCUGUGAUGUGAGAGUGUAUCCUGGACAUCAGUAAGCGCAUUUACUGAAGGACAGGAGGCACAACUUCACCAGCUCGCCACUCGUGACCUCACUGACACCACGACACUGCAGUGGAACAUUUUUUUUGGUCCGUUGUGAUACCAGAUUGAUUUCCAUAGCAAAGCAGCUGCUCACACAGUUGGAAAAAACAAAAAAAGAAGAAGAAAAAACAAACUUUGUCACUAAUUGUAACCACCAGGGUGAGGUUUCUCAAGAGCAGGAAUGAUCUCAGUUUUAAACAAAGAUGCACCUUCAGUAAACCUUCUCUAUAAAUAUUGAGAUGUUUCCUGUGAUUCGAUGUAGUCCACAAUUUUGGGUUGAGCUACAUGCUCAGAAAAGCAAAACGACAACGACAAAAAAACCAAAUUAUUGUUCAAAUUAAUUUCACCAUUUCCUUUAAUGUCUGAGCUGUCAUUGGGUAAUAUCUGACAAAUCUAUGGGUUGCUGGGUUAAUGCGCAGUGAGGACUGGUGCGUCAUUCCAGCCUGUCUUUUCACCGGUGGCGCCGAGUCACAGUUCACAUUGCUUCAAAUGUGAUAAAAGUGUCACUACUCCUCACAAACGGUGGGUUUCCUCACACAUCCUGUAAUGAGAUUUCACCUGAAAUCAUGCUGUAAUUUCUUAUCAACUUUCUUCAGGUACCGUUUGCCAAUGAUCUGUGGAGCAACGUGUCCACAACAUGUAUAUUUAACAACUCUCAGUUUCUGCAUAUAGACCUCUGACGUUCUACAGUUUAAUUUUAUUUCUACAGUUUCAUUUCACAAUAAUUGUUAUAAAUAUGGCAUCUCAUGGACAGUAUUGAGAGAAAGUUAGUGUAGGUUGGAUAGAUAUUUGCUAUAUACCAGUUAAGGCCUUUUUCUUAAUAUGAAUAGAAUAUUAGAUACUGGUUUGGUACUAUUGAUUGUGUCUUCACUGAUGCAAAAUUUGUUUUUCCUUAAGUAUCCUGAAUGCAUUAAAUGCUUCUAUGUGCAUUAUGAACAUUUUUGAGUUAAUUUUUUUAAAAUGAACUUUUAACAUUGCAUGAGAGUAUUUCAGUGGGCGAUUCCCCACAGUGUUGGAUUAGGAAUUUUCAGACUCAUGGUUUUGAUUUGAUGCUUGACAAAGCCAAUCCAGUAUGGUUUGCAAUUUUCCCCAUAAUUCAGAUUUAAGAGUUUGCAAUAGUAAUUUCCACGCAAUCUUUAAUGACAUGUUGUCAUAGUCAGUAGCCCUACAAAGAUAUGACACAUGUUUUUUUUCCCCCCUUCCUUUCUAUAAACCCCAUGUUGUACCUGUAGCGGGUAAUUGUAACUUUUUAUGAAGUGUUGUGCUGACUAAGUAGCCGAAGGAUGAUGGUUAAAUAGAAGCUGGUGAUGCUGUGUCUUGUGCCUUACAGUUGUUCAGACUCCCUCAUCUGCUUCUUCUCAUGACACAAGGUGCUCUUUAAGGGGUUUUUUUCCUUCUCUUUGUUGACUUGACACCAUGGGUGCAGGAGUUGUGCAUCUCACCACCAAUAUUCCCAUGAGUGUCAAUGUUAAUUCAGAAAUCUUGCUGUAAACAGUUUUGUACAUAAAUAAAUCUGUCACUCAUUUGA